AUUUUGGUAUAGUCUGCCGAUUACAGAGCGCGUGAAAGGAUCGGAUUUCGGAUCAAAUAAAUAGCACCGGCGGAAAGUGGAAGUUAUAAUUUAAAAACACAAAUAAAAAAAAAUAAAAUAAUAAUCAAAGACUCUUUAUUUUUAAAUAAACAUAAAAACAAACUUUAAAAAUGACUUGAUGCGCAAACUUAAAGUACUUUGUUCUAGUUUUUCGUGAAAACGUCAAGCCUAAAAAAUCCUACAAAAUUCAUUGAGCUAGAAAGUCCUUCCCCUAGGAUAUUCUAAUAGAGCUGUAAUGAUGCAGGACACCAGCCUCAAUAUGUCGCAGCCAAUGUCCAAUUCCCACCACCGGCUGCCAUUCAAUGAGACAGUUCUAAAGGACUUUAAGCUCACCAGCAGCGACAUCGACAAGUUUGUGCAACUAAUGCAUCAGUUCCAGCGUAAGAAUAUGUCCACCCAGAUGGACGAGUGCCAUGGCUACUGUCAGGGGGAAAUCUACAGCUGGCUGCGUGCCUACAAUAACAUCCAUGGCUAUGUUUCUCUUAUGAUUUGCAUAUUCGGGACGAUAGCAAACAUCUUGAACAUAAUGGUCCUGACCAGAAAGGAAAUGGCCAAGACGCCAAUAAAUAAUAUCUUGAAGUGGCUGGCAGUGGCAGAUAUGUUUGUGAUGCUGGAGUAUAUACCCUACACCUCCUAUCAAUACAUAUACAUGGGUCCUGAUGAAAAGGAUUUGAGCUACACCUGGGCGGUGUGUCUGCUGAUUCACAUGCACUUCACACAGAUUCUGCACACCAUAUCGAUUGGACUGACGGUGACCCUGGCCGUGUGGCGAUACGUGGCUAUCAGACAUCCGAACGGGGGCUGUGCCAACUUCCUGCUAGCACAUUCCCGGGAGGCGAUCCUCCUGCCCUUCGUCCUCUCCCCGAUCCUCUGCCUGCCCACGUACUUUGUGUUCAAGGUGCGAGAGACGUACGACGUGGACAAAGUCCAAUCGGAGGCCAUGUAUCAUGUAUAUUUUGAUCAGGACUCUGUGCUAUACAGGUUCAAUUUCUGGAUACAUUCCGUGCUAAUCAAACUGCUGCCUUGUGCCAUUCUAAUUGUGAUCAGUACCGUGCUAAUGCAUGUCCUGUGCGAAGCCUCGAGGCGUCGAUUAAAGCUCCGGGAUUACAACAAUCCCGCCAAGUAUGCCAUCCAGCUCAAUCUGAAUGAAACCAAGUCCAAAAGGCCACCGCGAUGUGAUCGCCGUAAUGAUCGCACCACCCUGCUCCUGGUGGCGGUGCUGGUGCUGUUUCUGGUGACGGAGUUUCCUCAAGGACUGCUUGGUCUCUUGUCUGGGGUUAUGGAGAAGUGCUUCUUUGCCCACUGCUAUCCGCCCUUCGGCGAGCUGAUGGACCUUUUGGCGCUGAUCAAUGCCGCCGUGGGCUUCGUGCUCUAUGGAUUGAUGUCGAAGCAGUUCCGAACCACCUUCCGGUCGCUCUUUAUGAAGCGGCACUUCGGGAGCACCGAGAUGACCCGCCUGACCCGAGUGACCACGACGUGCGUGUAA